UAGCCCUUCCGAGCAAAAAAAAAGUCGCGGAGCUGCACGCAACUUCUUCCCAAGCACCACCAAUCUACGAAAUCGUACCCUUGACACCGCACACCUGGAACCCCAAGGAUACAGCCGUCUAUCUUUCAAAGAUCCAUACACAUCCAUCCGAUCCGAUGCACUUCUCGACGAGCACCCGCGUUCUCCGCGCCCUCACGCGCGUCCAGCGCACUCUUCCCGGAUUCGCUCCCCGAGUCUCGCCAACACCGUUACGACCCUCGGCAGCCGCCAUGCAGCUCGGCAGUCAAUUCCACACCUCUGCCUCCAGUUCAAGGGAAAAGCCCAAGGACUACCAGGGCGCGACAGACUUUGGCGAGAUGGACGUCCUGGGCAACAUCCCGAUCCCCUCGACCUCGAUUGACGCCUGCGUCCCAGACGGCUUCCACCUUAACAGCGGCGUCAAGAUCAUGGACGGCGAUGCAGCGCUACUCAUCGGCGGCGAAGCGUUCGCGUGGAGGCCGUGGGAGGCGAAGGGAACCAAGAAGCUGAUCAAUGCCAAGGGCCAGUUUGAGCUGCCGGCGGAAGCAUUCGGACUGUUGGAAUUGGUCUGGCCAAGACCUGAUCUCCUCAUCCUCGGUGUCGGCCCCAAGAUUGUACCGCUCAGCCCGGCGACGAGGAAGCACCUCAGCUCGCUCGGCGUUCGCGUCGAGCUUUUGGACACGAGAAAUGCAGCCUCGCAGUUCAACUUGCUUGCUACGGAGCGAGGUGUUGACGAUGUCGCAGGGGCAUUGAUUCCCAUCGGAUGGGUUGACGGCAAGGGAGCUGUGUGAGGUGUGCUCAAGGUGAAAAUGGCCGUGUUUCUUCAACUGGAGUCAUCGCGAUUUGAAGACCGACUGCUCUGAUACUGUCGACAUGCAGGCAGGUGGGAGCGAUUCACGAGCAUGACUGCUUCACGGUGGUUUAUGGAGCAAAACAUAAUCUGGCACUCCUGCAACGUCUCCAUGACUCGAGACGAUGCGCCAUCAGCUAUUAUGGCAGGGAGGGAGGGGGCUCUGGUAAAUUAUCAGAAGCUCGUACCGUCGAGGUCCCGACUCCCGUUAAGAGAUGGCGGCAAGAGGAGCCAAAAGCUGUACAAUUGGGGUGUUUUAACUCGCACGGUUGCUUCCAGUCAACGUAAUUUUGGUGGACACCAAAGAAUCCCACCAAAAGAGAAACACUUCAGUAAUAUGGUAAAGGACUAUAUGUAAUAAAUAAUGUGAAAAUACUGAUACAUGUUUACCUAAAUCUCAUGUACAAAUAUCCAAAAUUCAUCUUGUUCUGAU